AUGGCUGUGCUGCUGGGAUGCCGAGCUGCAGGGAAGAGCUCAAGUGCCAACACCAUCCUGGGCAGACAGGAGUGUGACCUGCGGAGCAGCACAGCUCAGUGUGUGAAGAGACAGGGGGAGGUAGCCGGCAGACAGCUCACUGUGGUGGAGGCUCCAGGAUGGUGGAGCAACGUCAGCCUCAAGAGCACUCCUGAGCCCACCAAGCAGAGGAUCCUACACAGCGUGGGUGUGUGUAGUCCAGGACCUCACGUCCUCUUGAUACACAUACCUGUGCAGGUCACCUUCACCGAGGACAUCAUGAGGAACCUGCAGGAACACCUGGAGCUCCUCGGGGAGGGUGUGUGGAGACACACCGUGGUGCUGUUCACCUACGGGGGCUGGCUAGGGGGCGCUCCCAUUGAGCAGCACAUCGAGAUUGAAGGGUGCCUCAAACAUCUGGUAGAGAAAUGUGGGAACAGAUAUCACGUCAUUGACAACGAAAACAAAGGCGACCAAAGACAGAUCUCCGAGCUGAUGGAGAGGUUGGAGGAAACCAUCACGGAAAAUGAGGGCGGUCAUUACACAAUCGCCAUGGAGACUUUGAUGGCGGCGGAGAUCCGAGCCGCAUCUGUCCUGUCCCAGCUGCAGGAGAUCAGUGAGAAGAUUAGGAACAUGCUGUCGCAGGUGAUGGAGACCAUUCCAGCAGGAAGUGACUCUCCAGCUGACCAACACGUGUUGCAGGAGCUGGACAGAGUGAGGGGUCUACUCCACACAGAGGCUCAAGAGACGGACACGGAACUAAGUAGAGAGACGGGUAUGUUCCGCAAUAGAAUACAGUUCUAA